CCAUAAGUAUAUAUAUAUGCCCAGAUGUAAUGUACGUAGUACGUUUUGGUUCUUCGCACUGUGAACAUGACUCCCACAGGUACGAUGACUGUGACAACCGUCCUCCUCUUCGUCGUGCUGGGCCUGCUCAGUCCAGCUCCAGCUGCCUUAGGGUCCCAUAUGGGCAAAGCCUGUUGUACGAGAUACACAAGGAAGCCAGUACCCUUCCAGCGCAUAAAAGGCUACAGAGAACAAACCACCCUCGAAAACUGUCGCAUCGAGGCGAUCAUUUUCUACACAGUUAAAAAGAAUGAGAUAUGCGCCACUCGGAAAGAUAAGUGGGUGAGGACAAUUCUGGAAUUGCUGAGUUCAAAACUGAAGAAGAUGUCAAAAGACGGCUCUGCCCCAGGUGAAAGGACAGGACAUUUCUUCAGUACCACAGAGACGUUCACAAACAGCACGGAAAGCUACUAUUAGCAGAAUCCAGGUAUUCGCCUCUGAGCUUUGGAAGUGAAUAAUUUGUGUAACAGAAAUGUGAAUUUGAAGGAAUGUUUGAGAGAAAUUUCACCUACUAUAAUUCAGUCAUGUUAGGGAUAUUAUCUCUGAAGAAGUUAAGAAAUGCUUUUUGCUUUUACUUGCUAUACAUGAGCAGCCUUGUCCGAAUACUCCACAUAAUCAAGACUUAAGGGGAAGCUGAGAAGAACGGCUUUUGGAAUAUUGAGCUUAUAUGCUUAGCCGCUUAGCAAAUGUUUGCGUGAAUGUUUCUGUUUUUUUGUAAUCUACCCCAUCUUUUGUGACUGUGCUGUUUUAUCCCCUAUUAUGAAUCUCCUGUGAAAUCAGGCUAAUGUGUUAAAAUGUGCCAACUGCAAUUCUCAUGAAUCAAUAAAUAUAUUUCACAUAAACUCAA